AUGCUUGAAGACUGGGUUUUUUACUAUUUACCAAGAAUUUUUUGCGGAUUUACCUAUGUCGUGAAUCCAGUUUUUAUCUAUUUGAUUUUCACUGAAAAAUCAUCUCAAUUUGGCAAUUAUCGUUUUUUGCUGCUCUUCUUUGCGGUGUUCAAUAUGAUUUAUUCUGUGAUGAAUUUUUUAAUUCAGAUCGAUAUUCACUCAUACCGUUACUGUUUCUUUUUGUUUCUAAAAAACAACUGGUUUCCCCAAUCACCUCAAUUAAACUUCCAUCUACUGCUUGCUCGUUGCUCGAUGCUUGCUGCCAGCUAUGGAGUUCUCCUGAUUCACUUUAUAUAUCGCUAUCUCAUAAUGAGCAACUCAACUCUGACAAAUGAAAAGUUCCAUUGGUAUUUAACAGGAUCGGCUGUUAUAAUAAUGUUAUAUUUUUGGUUUUGGUACUUUUUAUGUUGGUUUUCUGGCGAAGCGAAUUUAGAAACUCGCCAGUAUAUUCGAGAUUAUUUUCAAAGCACGUUUGGCUCUGAUUCAAUGGAUUCUAGUAUGUUGACCGCAUUAUAUAAUGAAGCUUCACUGGAAACAAAAAUUCGAUCUUGGAAUCUCAUUUCAUCAGCCUCAGCUCUUUCAAUUUUGUCAAUAAUUACAUUUUUCAUUUUGGCACGAUUGAUAAUGCAAAAGCUUGAAAACUUAUCAGUAACAUCUAGUGUGAAGACUUCAAAAUUUCAAUUUGAGCUUCUAAGAGCCCUUAUUGUUCAAACGGUGGUACCAAUUUUCAUAAGCUUCUCUCCGUGUUUUUUAUGUUGGUACAGUCCCAUUUUUGGAAUCCAAUUAAACAGAGGAUUUAACUACUUUGAAGUCAGUGCUCUGGCGGUCUUCUCUUUUGUCGAUCCAGUAGCUAUAAUCCUAUGUGUUCCUAUUUUUCGAGCUCGAGUUUUUUGCAAUCGUAAAAACAUGCCAACGUCCAAGCAACCUACGAAUCAUGGAGAUUAUCAAAUCUAA